UUAGUCCCGCCCGCCCUCUGGCAGUCCAGGCUGCCAAGCGGUAGCCAUGACCGCGCGCGGGACCCCGAGCCGCUUCUUGACGAGCGUCCUCCAUAACGGGCUGGGUCGCUACGUACAGCAACUGCAGCGCCUCAGCCUCAGCCUCAGUCGGGAUGCGCCCUCGUCCCGCGGCGCCAGGGAGUUCGUGGAACGUGAAGUGACCGACUUCGCCCGACGGAACCCAGGGGUCGUAAUCUACGUGAACCCACGGCCGUGUGCGGUGCCUAGAAUAGUGGCCGAAUACCUUAACGGGACCGUACACGAGGAAAAUGUCAACAGCAAGUCGGUGGAGGAGAUCACGUCACUGGUGCAGAAGCUGGCGAACCAGUCCGGCUUGGAUGUGAUCCGCAUCCGCAAGCCCUUCCACACCGACAACCCUAGCAUCCAGGGCCAGUGGCACCCCUUCACCAACAAACGGACAGCCCUCAGCGGGCUGCGGCCCAGAGAACUCCAGGAUCCUGCUGCAGCUUUGGAACAAGCACAGUAAAGAACCAGGCUUUGGACCGUGGAAGCGAUGGCAUUGGUUCCUCUUUUCGGAUUUCAAGCUCUGGCAAAUAAAUGGAACCUACCGGGAUGGGGAGGGGGCGUGGCCCGGGAUAAAGAAAAGCUGACUGCUACCAUUGCCCACUGCUAGAUACAGUGACCUAAUGAAUACCCUCAUUCUGA